AUGUCUCUAGAUUUUACCGGCAUCUUCCACCAGCUCCUUGGAACCGAGAAGCCGGAAGACGUCAGGGUAUCUCCGUCUCCCAUGCAUAAUGCUUUCUCUACUGCCCGUAGAGAAGUCCUUUCCUUGCGAGAUAUAAUUGUUCAAAACUCGAGCAGCUAUACCGCCACGACUCUCUCUUCCAACACACGUUCCGUGGAAGGCAUGCCAUUUACUGAUGAAGAGUGUGCUUUAUUUGAUGCACGAAUUCUGACCAUUUUCACUCAUAUAAAUAGUCUUGUGGGGAAUAUCCUCAAAGAACUCAAGACAUAUGCAGCCAAAGAUUCCACUGGCGAUGAAUUUGAUGCAGAAGAGAAUGCUCUGGAAGUUCUAGAGCGCCAGCUCCGACGAGACAAUAGCAAAAAUGCGAUCCAGUACUUUGAGGGCGUCGGCAACGUCCUUCUUGCUCAGGUUACGCAGAUAUUUGAAGACUAUGGUUCUCUCCGCGCCAAGCGCCGUGCUGUGGUAUCAUCAGACUAUCUCCGUGAGCGGUCGCAACGGCAUGUUUAUGCGCUGAAUAUGCAGAGAGAUCCUUCGACGAGCACGCCUGCUGUAUCUAAUGCCACACAAGAGGGGUCUGGGCGUGAGGGGGCACCCGUGGACCAUGCUAAAGGAUUGACAGGCAUAUGGGCAACAGUCCAUGCAAUGAAUGACGAGGAUCAUGCUCCACAGGUAAGUCAGAGCCACAUGGGCACCACUAAGGUGCAGGCCACUAGGCGGAUCUUGCCGUCUCUCAUGGAAGAGCUAGACAUUGUCCGGCGCACAGAACAAACAGCCCAUGAAAUUCAGUCUCUGAACGCUCUUUUUGCUGAAAAGGUCAUCGAGCAAUCUGAACAAAUCGAUAGAAUAUAUGCAGUCACUUUCGAAACGUCAGGAACGCUGGACAACGCUAACAAGUACCUUAAGAAGGCCGCUAAGCGGCUCCGAAGCAGCACAAAAAUAACCAUAGUCCUCAUGUGCCUUGCAAUUUUCUGCCUGCUCUUUCUAGAUUAUAUCAACUGA